CUGCCCAAAAGUCCCACUUUUCACGUCGACUGGCUGUCGGUCGCUGACCGCCAACUCUUCGCCAGCCCCAAAGAGCCUCACAAAAGAGGGGAUCAUGGCUUCAUCCCCCACAUCAACUAGCCCUUUCUAUUCCUGGUGGAAAUGGGAGGCUGGUGCAUGCAUCAUUGAGAGGAGUAGUCAGAAAUACUACUUGGGCGGGCAGCGGCAUGGUGACGUGACUUGCUGGAGAGUGGAUAUGGCAUGGUCCCCCAGGGUUGCCGUUUACCGGCCAAAAGUCCGGAUCAAGGCAUUUGUGGAAGACGAUAGAGGUAUCAGCCUGGUAGUCGCCUCUAUGAUUGGUACCAGCUCCCCUCUACGCCGGGAAAUUGCAUAGAUUUAAUGUCUCACGGACUUAU